UUUCCCGCUAUGUCACACUCACACCUCAACAACAACUGGUUUUCUGACCACUCCAGCUCCAUGGAAUUGGAGAUUGGAGCCACUGAUGCAAAUCAAACACUUGAGUCUUGGUUUCAAUCUGAUACAUCUUCUGGGUACCUUCAAGAUGCCAUUGCUGGCAAGAGUAUUUGGUGCAGGGACCAAAAUUUACCAUCCUGCCAUCAAAACGUUAUAGUAGAACAAUUUCCAAUAUUCUCCACAACAGUUCCACCUCUUCAUGAUUGUGGUUUUACAAAUAAAAAAAGGAGCAUCAGUACGAGCCUGUCAUCAACAACACUAGGUGAUGCACAUGAAGCUGCCAUCAAACAAGAUCCUGCUCAAAAUAGUUAUGCAUCUGGUCAACGGAAGAAAAUUGCUUACCCGUUUAAGUUAGUGAAGUGUGGAGGAGUUGAAGGGGAAACAACACUGAAAGAUAUCAAUUACCAAAUUCUGACGACACCAUCAACAUCAAAGCCAAUUCCUCAUCCUGUGACAGAUUCUUCUGUGACUCUUCCAUGCAAAUUAGUCAAAGGAAGUUUUGGUUUGUCUGGAAAAACAGUUACGUCCCUCACCAGGAUUCAUACUAGGGGAAGAGGUUCCAUUACCAUUAUUAGGACCAAGGAUUGAUAAAGAGAAGUACUGCCAUUCAUGUGUUACAUAUGUCAAUGUCAGUCCUUUUUGCUUAGACUAGAACUACUUGUGAUUGCUAUCUUUCUU